GGCUCUGCCUGCGCCGCCCCGCCAUGGAGCAGGGGCCGGCGGGGGGAUCCAGCGCCGCUGCCGCCGCCGCCGCCGCCGCCGCCGCCGCUGCUGCUGCUGCUGCUGCUGCUGGCACCGGGGGUCUGCUCCUGCCCCUGAGCGAGACCGAGCAGCAGCGCUACUCCGAGCUCUUCUCGCGGUGCUGCCCGCCCCCCGAGGCGGCCGCCGGGGGCAGCAGCGUGGGCGAGCUGUUCCGGGCCUCCCAGCUGCCCCCGGACACUCUGCACCAGAUUACAGAAGUUUGUGGAGCUAAGCAUGUGGGUUAUUUUGGUCCUGCUCAAUUUUAUAUUGCUUUGAAGUUAAUUGCAGCAGCACAGUCAGGGUUCCCGGUACGGAUUGAGAGCAUUAAGAAUGAAUUGCCUUUGCCACGAUUUAUGGCGCUGAAAAAUGACACUGAAAUACGUUAUGGGACUCCAGCAGAACUCCAUGGAGUUAAAUUUCAGGUUCCACAUGCAACUUUGGAAAAAAAUUCCUACAAAAGAACAGAUGAAGGGGACAAACAGGAACCCAAGUCUCCUCCAAUGUCUCCAAUCUGCUCACCUCCUGCUUCUCCAUCUACUUACCAGAGAAUACCCCUAAGUUAUGGAUAUGGUAAAGCAAGAAGUGGGCUGGAGCAGCAGCAUGGAGCUCCUUAUGAAGUCAGGCACUCUACUCACCAGCAAGAUGGACCAUCAUCAGGGAAUUAUGGAGCCAAAUCUUCACUCACCUGUUCAACUCCUAAACGGUCUCUUUCAGUGGAGCGGGAGCAGCAGGAUAGCAGCACCCACUACUCAGAUGACCCUUGGAGGAUAACAGAGGAGCAGCGGGAUUACUACAUUAACCAGUUCAGGUCCCUGCAGCCCGACCUGAACGCCUUUAUUUCAGGUUCCGUAGCAAAGAAUUUCUUCACUAAAUCAAAGCUGCCCAUCCCAGAACUUUCUCACAUCUGGGAGCUGAGUGACGUGGAUUGUGACGGGGCGCUGACACUCCCGGAAUUUUGUGCUGCUUUCCACCUUGUAGUUGCGAGGAAGAAUGGUUACCAGCUGCCUGAGACACUGCCGGAGACGCUGCUGCCCGAGUACCUCCAAGCAGCUUCUUUGAAGCCCAUGCUUGACUGUGCCCUGUAUGAUUCUUAUUCUGAGCCAUUGCCAGGCAGUCAGCAGACCCGGGACUUCAGUCGGACCGAGAAGUCAUCAGCUGAAGAGAUAACUGAUAACUCUGCCCUGUUACAAGACGGAAAGAAAGAUGACAAACAAGCUCUUAAAGUAAGCACUACUUUCAAAACUAUACCAAAGGAAUUUCAGCACUUGACUGUGAAAACAGCUGCUCAGGAAUCUAAUGCACUUAAAGCCAGACCACGAUCCAGGUCUUAUUCUAGCACAUCAAUAGAAGAUGCCAUGAAAAAGGGAGAAGAGCCCCCUACUCCACCUCCAAGGCCUCAGAAGUCGCAUUCCAGAGCUUCCUCUUUGGAUCUGAACAAAAUAUUUCAGCAAAAUACACAAGCUGUGAGGUCCGGCUGGCUGCCCCCGCCACCACCUGCACUGCCCCCUCGACCUUCUGUGUCUCAGACAGAGCAACCAUCUGAGGUUGAUUUACAUCCUCAGAUGAAUAGACCCCCAUCUCAGGCAGAAGAAAACAGUUCAGCAAAAAAGGAGGUUGUUCUUGCUCAGCCGCCCUCCAAACCUGCCCGCAGGAAGCUCCGGACAGAGGCACAAGGGCUGGAGACCCCUGAGCUUUCUCCCACUAUAAAUGUGACUUCUUCCCAGCCAGCAGCCAAGGCUCAUCUCCCAGUUCAAAAACAGUCUUCCAAGCAGAAAAGGGCUAUUCAGACUGCCAUACGAAAAAACAAAGAAGCCAACGCUGUGCUCGCCAGGUUGAACAGUGAGCUCCAGCAGCAGCUGAAGGAGGUUCACAAGGAACGAAUUGCCUUGGAAACGCAGCUGGAGCAGCUACGUCCUGUCACCGUCUUGUGACUUCCCGCACCGCUGUGCUGCAGCCGGAGCAGAGCACGUGUCCCGACAGCCUUGCAAGGAGAGGACCUGGGUGUGGCUGAGCAGGGUUUCUGCCAAGGCAGUGGGGAGGACCAGCCUUGGCAGGUCUCCCUUCACCCCACUACACGCGUUUGCCUUUGCAGGUGAGGAAGAGACAGAAAACAAAUACCUGACUGCCAGAUAUUUCUGAGUGGGGUAUGCUUUGCCUUCUUUCUUCCCUCUUCCCAGCCUAAUGUGUAAAAGCAGUUUAUCACUGAAAUGAAUAACCUAAGAGUAUUUUAUUUAUGUAAAGAAUUCCUGAUUUAUAUGCAUUUUGGCAGCACCUCCUGCCCCGCUCAUUAAGAGGUACAGCAUUCCUGAAUUCCUGCUUAAAUUGAAAACUCAUCUGCUGAGGUGUGCUUCUGGAUGUUACUGAUUCCUGUAGGAUUGUAUCAUGGUAGAGUACCCCUGGGUUUAACAUACCAUAGGAAUAAAGCUCACAAGAUGUACAGAAUCCUUAUCCUCAAUCACAUGUCAAAUAAUUAUUUUCUUAGUACUGUUUAUUAUGCAAUCAUGGAUGUAUUUUAAUGUUAGAGAACUUGUAUUUUAGAAGUUCAAGGCAUAUGAGAGAACAGUAAAAAAUACUAAAAUUUAGUUAUUUUGGAAAUUAGGAAAAAAUAUCUUUUUUUGAACUACAGUUGUUUCUUAUCACCAGUGUUUGAUCACUUGCUUGCAACUGCCAGUGUCUGUGCAUUCUUCUGGCGUAUUUGAGAUCACUGGUUUAUAGCUUUUUCCUUCUUUUUUUUUUUUUAAACCAACAGUGUAUUUCUAACAACAGGUUAAAAAUGCAUUCAGGGCAUUUUUAUAGAAGCUAUUCUAUGUGCAUCUGUAUUAGGCUGCUUUGUUGUCUUAACAGCUGCUGAUAUUUUUAAGGAUGUGUACAAGAACUGUAUUUCCAAAAGAAGAAAGAUAGCAAAGUGCUAUGUAUGAGGCUAUAAAAUGUGUGAUGGAAGUAAUUGCCUUUUACAGCAGGCUUUUGUUAAGGUUCCUUUGCACAUCAGUGGAGAUGCUACUGAUAGGAUAAAGCUGCUAAUGCCCAUCUAUUUUCUAAAUGAAGAAGCAAAGAUGAAUUUUUAACCUGCGUUUGAUCCAGGGCCAACUGAAUCCCGUGGGGAUUUUUCCAUGGAUGCACUGGUCAGUGGCUUUGGUCUCAGUUCUUGCAAUGGAAGCUGGCUAACUAAUAUUGCUGUAUUUUUUUCAGGCAAUACUCUUAGAUUGCAUGAGUUCAGACAUAAUAAUAUCAGCCCUGCUCCCACCAUGGGUAUGAUGUGCUUCGCUGCAAGGGAAUGUCACCUACCUGUUAUCCACCUUAAACAUGCACAUGUUUCAUAUCCUGUUGCUCA